AUGGAAAAAUCCUUGAAUUUGGAGUCGACUCCUGUAGUGAAAUAUGAAGAGAACCUGUAUUCUUCUAAAAGUGGAAAGACUUUAACUUUCCAUCAUGCUGUAAUUUCAAAGAGCAACUAUUCGACAUCUUCCAUAAAUAUAGAGUUGGUGUUUCUGCAGGCUUGGUUUAGAGAACUACCAAAUGGGGUGUUGGACUCGCUCUCGCCAGAGCUGGUCAUGCAGGCCCAAUCUGAAGAGGAGUGUGCUCAGCUUGUGCAACUCCUACCACCAACCGAAACUGGUCUGCUGGACUGGGCAAUUAACCUGAUGGCCGAUGUUGCUCAACUUGAACAUCUGAACAAAAUGAAUGCACGCAAUGUAGCUAUGGUGUUUGCACCAAACAUGACUCAGAUGUCGGAUCCUUUGACUGCAUUGAUGUAUGCAGUCCAAGUGAUGAAUUUUCUCAAGACUCUUAUUGUCAAAACAUUAAGAAAAAGAGAAGACUCCACAGUAGAACCAGGUCCUAUAUACCAGUUAGAGCCGUUGGAUGAAAUUGGACAACAUAGCUCUCUGCAACCACUAACUGAACGGCGUGAUGAGGUGAAGGAAGACGAGGAGGCGUUUGUAGCCAAAGAACCACUCUCAGAAAGCCCGGCUCACCCCACUCAUGGUCACUCAAAAACAGACACUGAAACUCAUGGUUUUCUCACUUCUAUUGAGAACAUCAUUCCUGGUGAAAAGGGGAAACCGGUUGAUAAUUGCGCUGGUGAAGUUUCAAAUGAAGUUGAUGCAAUGAAGGAUGGACUUGAAGGAAGAGCCAUCAUGGGAAGUGGAGGGGCUCAACUUAGAAUUCGUAGAAUCAAAACUGGCCAGUCAAGUACCAUCAAUCUCAGGAAAGGAUCCAGAAAACUUCAUGAGCAUCUUGUGGUUCGUGUAGCUGGGCAUGUAGAAAAGAGCAAGGAAACCAGCAGCAUUACUACCUACCAACCAACCAAACCAAGCCUUACCUGCAGCAUUACUAGUCGUUUAAAUUCAAGAACAUAACUUAUUGAAGCCUGGCAGUAAGGCAUUGUAUUUUGCAUUGGAGUGGGGUUGAGUGGAGGUACUUUCUGGCCAGUGGAACAUGACAGUGCCUUGUUUUUCUUUUGGUACUCAGCCUUCCCCUCCUAAACUUGUUAACGGGGACUAAACUGGGGUGUGAAUGGUUCAUUAAUGUAUGUUUCUGGAUGAGGUUUCUCAAGUUUGUUUGUUUAAAUGCAUUUGUGUAACUUUUAAUGA